UUAGAAAUGGCCAGAACAGCAAUGAACCUGGUUCCCCUCGAUCCCAGGGACCUGGGGUCUCAGCGAUGCCGAUUGGGACCCAGUGCACUGGCUUCGCUGGGUGUGAAGCUGGGCUCCCCUGUGCAGGUCUCAGUGCUGGGAGGGAGCGCACUGUGCACUGCCUGGCCGAGGACCGACCUGGCAGAUGGCUUCCUGCAGCUCGACACCAAGUGCGCGACUCGGGAUUUGAUUGGGAAACCCUGCAGAGGUGUGAGGGUCAACCUGAGCCAGUUGAAGGCCGUGCCCUGCAUUAAACUGAGAGCCGUUCAGGUGAAAGUGAUCGUUAAAGACCUGCAUAGCAAGAAAAGAGCCGAAAAGACCCAACUGAAGGAGUUAGUGAAAGACUUGCUCAGGAACGUGUACCUUUGCCCCAGGCAUGUUGUUGCUGUGACUUUCGAUGCUCCUGUAGCGUUCAUUGAGAUUGAAGGAGUGGAACCGUCUACACACGCUGCCGGUCUCCUGACCUCUAAAACAGCUGUCAGGCUCAUGGACAUUAUCACUGUGGAGCAUUUCAGGAGCAUCGACUCUAAAGCCCCGUCGCUUUGUCUGGGUGGGAUGGACAAUGUUCUCCCUCCAUUGAAAGAGAUUCUGAACUUGCCUUUCCAUUACCCCAAGACCUUGGCUACAUUGGGCUUGUCUUGCCCCCGAGGAGUGUUAUUGGUGGGACCCCCAGGGGUGGGGAAGACCUCGCUGGUGCGCGCUGUCACAAGGCAAGUGGGAUCGCGGUUGAUUGGGAUCAGCGGGGCGGCAGUUCACGGAGCCAGGCCGGGGGAGAGCGAGGGCAACCUGAGAAGGAUCUUCCAGCAGGCGAGGGACUCAGCUCAGGAAGGGCCGUGCGUGCUGUUCAUCGACGAGAUUGACUCGCUCUGCCCUAGAAGAGGCAGCUUGGGCAACGCUCCCGAGGACCGCCUGGUGGCUCAGUUGCUGACGCUGAUGGACGGGGUAGGCAGUGAGAGUCAGUUGGUUGUAAUGGCGGCGACAAACAGACCCCAAGCCCUGGAUCCUGCAUUGAGGCGGCCAGGACGGUUCGACAGAGAGGUGUUUAUUGGGGUCCCCACGCUGGAGGAACGUCGGUCAAUUCUGGAAACAGUCGGAGCAGGGAUGCCUCUCACCCGUGAAGUUGAUGUGCCCUGGUUGGCAGAAGUGACCAGCGGCUAUGUUGGUGCUGACCUGGUUGCUCUGUGCCAGGAGGCCGCUAUGCAGGCAGUGAGAAGGCGAUGCCAGGACUCGGCAGAUCCUGAAAUCAGGCCAACAGACUUCCGCGAGGCUCUCAGGACGGUGCAUCCUUCAUCCCUGAGGAGCAGCGUCGCUCGCAUCGACUUCCGACCCAUCCUUUGGGAAACGAUCGGAGGCUUGGAAGACGUUAAAUUGAAACUGAUGCAGUGUAUCGAAUGGCCAAUGAAGUUCCCAGAUGCAUUUGUGAGGAUGGGCCUCACUCGCCCCAAAGGAAUUCUUCUCUACGGACCCCCAGGUUGUGCAAAGACCACCCUGGUGAGGGCAGCCGCCACUAGCUGUGGCUGCUCCUUCCUGUCGCUCAGCGGAGCUGACCUCUUCUCUCCCUUCGUCGGAGACUCUGAAAAGAUACUCGCUCAGGUCUUUCGGCAAGCAAGAGCCGGAGCCCCAAGCCUCCUGUUCCUGGACGAGAUCGACUCCAUCCUGGGAUCACGGUCGCGGGACGCCAAGGACGGGCGCGGCGUGCACGAGCGAGUCUUGUCUGUUCUGCUGAACGAGAUGGACGGCAUUGGGCUGGCAGUGACCGAGAGGAGGGGCGCAGGCCGCAAAGGGCCUCUACACGAGGGAGGAGGCCAGCUGGCAGAGGCGAGAGACGAUGCCAAGUUGGAGUUUCAAGAGGUUUGCAACAAAGACGUUAUCGUGGUGGCUGCCACCAAUCGGCCCGACCUGCUGGAUGACGCCUUGCUGCGUCCCGGGAGAUUUGACCAGAUUGUCUACGUUCCACCUCCUGAUGAAAACGCCAGAGUUUCCGCGUUGAGGAUCUUCACGUCCGUCACUCCGCUGGGUGCUGACGUGUGUCUUCAGGAGUUGGCGAGGCAGACCCCAAACUUUUCCGGAGCCGAUCUGCAGAGCCUGUGUAAAGAGGCUGCCUUGCUGGCUCUCCAGGAGAGUGAACUACAAGCUACUGCUGUCAACCGCAGACACUUCCUAACCUCUCUUGAGAGUUUUAAACCCACUUUGACUGAUGGGCACCUGGAUUUCUAUUGCAGUUUAUUUUCCAGCAAGAGAACCAUUGCUGAGUAAUUAACACGUAGACACUCUAUGAUGACUUCGCGUGGUGUCUCUAAUGCACGGUUGUAUCUUCCGCAAGUGACAACCCUACUGAAGAAUUUUGACUUGGCUGUGAACAUAAGACACCUGUGAUUUUACAUUGAAGUGGACAAAAAGGCUCCGUGUGUCCUUGUAGUAUUAGAGGACAGAGAUUUUUUGGGUAAAAGUAUUACUCUCAGAAUGGGUUCAGAGGAGUGGUGAACAUACAAUACAAAAUUACAUUUGUACAGCACCUUUCACGUCGGGACGAUACAGACACAUGCACACGCACACAGACUCAAUGGGAGCAGAAAAGAGUGGAAACUGAAAAGGAUUGGGUAGCACAGAGCAGUGGUUUCUUGCGGCUAUUUGUGCAUCAGACACUCCAGUGCAGUGCUGGGUGGGUUUUGCAUUGUCAGAGAUGCCGUCC